AUGGCGAGCCAACAGAACAAUCGCAGCUACGUUCAAGUUGGAUCCGCGGGCCAGAAACGCCGCGCAAAUCCUCCACCGCAGGCACCGUCUGGCAACCGUCAGACGACUGUCGGCCUCGGCGAGGAUUUUGGCCAGCAGUAUGGUCAGCAGACUGCCGCGUGUGAGCCCGGCCCAGGGCCCAACAUGGGACAACCCGACAAGGCUUAUGGCGAGGCUCUGCAUGGUGCCCAAGUUCAGCACAACCAGCAACACGCAGAACCGAGCUACCCGAAUACAACUUUGGACGACAUGCGAGCUGCCCUAAUGGAACUCUUGGAAGCAUCGCGUGCGCUGUCAUUUGUCAAGCCCUCAGGGACAGGAGAUCAGGGCAUGGACGCACGUGUCGGGUCUAUGGUCGAAAUUUUCAAAGCAAACAUCGCUGGGAAGCAGCGGGCUCGGUCGUGGAACACGUCCAGUCCGUACGGGGAUCUGACAGACCCGGGCACCAACCCGAGACCAUAG